CCUGCGCCGACGCCAAUGGGGGGAGAGAACGAGGUUAAAGUUGCUUGAACAGCGGUGGUUUAAAGCGUUUUUAUCGUCAGACCGUUCAUUUUAAAAUAAAAUAAAAGAUAACAGCCGUUGUUUAGUUUAUGGAAAUGUCGGCUUUGUGGCGCUGGUUUGUUUAAAACCCUUUAAACACCAACUGCUUUAGAACUUUCCAGCAGCGCACGUGCGGCGUUGCCUCAGCUCCAGCAUGGACUCCAGCAGAAGCAAACUUAUGAAAAUGGCGGCAAUGCUGGUGGAUGAUGAUGAUGACGAAGAGUUUUCUGCUGAUGAGGAGAAUAUGAUCAGUGCCAGUGAGGAUGAGGAGAACAGCGAUGAUGAUCGGAAACACACCAAGCUCCUGGAGGCCAUCAGCUCUCUGGGAGGGAAGAGAAAGAGGAUGCAGGCGGAGAGAUCGGAGGCCAGUCUCCAGGUCUCGGAGUUCUCUGUGAAUGCAGAGGGAGCGGGAGAGAAGGUCGAGCUCUCGGACCUGCUGGGUUCCGUGGAGAAAACGCCCGGAGCGCCGAAAAAGACCAAGAAGCAGCUGAGGAGCCUGCAGAACUCGAAAGAGACGCUGGAGCUCCCGCUGAGCCGGCAGCAGACCGAGAAGAUCCAGAGGGGCGUGGCGUACGAGCGCAGCAGUAAGGAGGUGUCCCGCUGGGAGAGUGUCAUCACACAGAACCAGAAGGCCGAGCAGAUCGUCUUCCCUCUUAAACAGGAAACAGCCGGACCCAAACGUGUCGAGCAGGUGGUGGCCGGCUGGAAGGCUCAGACUCCUCUAGAGCAGCAGAUCUUCAGUCUUCUGCGCAGUAAUAAUCAGCCGGUCACUGACCCCGUGUUGACCCCUGUGGAGGAGGCGUCCAUCAGGGCCAUGAGUCUUGAUGAGGCGAAGAUCCGGCGUGCGGAGCUGCAGAAGGCUCGAGCACUGCAGUCUUACUACGAGGCCAAAGCUCGGCGAGAGAAAAAGAUCAAAAGCAAGAAGUAUCAUAAGGUACAGAAGAAGGCUAAGCGGAAGGAGUUCCUGAAGCAGUUUGAUGAGAUGAUGAAGAUGGAUCCGACCGCCGCCCUGGAGGAGUUGAAGAAGAUGGAGCUGUCCAGGAUGGAGGAGAGGAUGUCUCUCAAACACCAGAACAGCGGCAAGUGGGCCAAGACCAAAGCCAUCAUGGCCAAGUAUGACGACUCGGCCCGUAAAGCCAUGCAGCAGCAGCUGGAGAUGAACAAGGAGCUGACUCAGAAACUCAUCGUGCCGUCCGACGACGAGGAAGAUGAAGACGAAGAGGAGGCGGGGACGCUCCCUGAUUUCGUAAAUGCGGCCGAGUCAGCAGGCGGCGCCGUGAACCCCUGGAUGAGGGGCAAACUGACCAGCGAGGAUCACGAGGUCACAGACGCCACGAACACGGAGCAACCAACAAGCGAAGCGCAAAGGGAGGAGGAGGAGGAGGACGACGACGAAGAAGAAGGAGAGGAAGAGCAGCUUCUGAGGGACUUCGAAGAGAAACGGAAGCUGAGGCGAGACGAGGGAGACGAUCUGGUCCCUGUCGCACAGGAAAAGGAAGACUCACACACAGGGACACAGGAGGAAGAGGAGGAAGAAGAAGAGCAGGAAGAGGUUGUGUCAGAAUUCAACACCCUGUUUAACCGGUUGAUGAAGGGCGCCCGGACGCCCACGGAGCCGCCGGUUAAAGCCAGUCGUGCGCAGGAGGCGGAGCUCGUGCUCGAAGAGGAGGAGGAGCUUCUAGACGAGGGGCCGGUCCGUACUCGCACCAUGGAGGACCUGGAGGCUCUGGUGCAUGAUGGGGCUGCGGAAGAGACUGCGGUGUGUGUUUCACGCCCUGCCCUCGUGGACACGGCGUCUGAGCCGCACAGCAGCACGAAGAAGAAGAAGGAAAUCGACCCGAGCGAAGUGCUCACUAAAGACGCCAACGUGAUUACGGUGCCGCUGGUGCCGACGCUGGUGGAGGGAGACGAAGCAGAGGAAGAGGAGGGCCCGGCAGCACAGAUAUCCAUCAUCAAGGAGGCGUUCGCUGGAGACGACGUCAUAUCCGACUUCCUGAAAGACAAAAAGAAACAGGAAGAGGUGGGGCAGCCCAAAGUGGUGGACCUGACCCUGCCCGGGUGGGGGGAAUGGGGCGGGGGCGGGCUCAAGCCCUCCCGACACAAACGCAGGAAGUUUCGGGUGAAGCCUCCUCCCGUUGCCCAGAGAAAGGACCAGAAGCUCCCCGCCGUGAUCAUCUCUGAGAAGAGGAACUCGUCCAUCGCCUUACACCAGGUGAGCCAGUUGCCGUUCCCGUUCCAGAACAGUUCCCAGUUCGAGACGUGUAUCCGCUCUCCCGUGGGUCAGACGUGGAACACGCAGAACACCGUAAAGAAACUCACCGCUCCCAAAGUGGUGACCAAACUGGGCUCCAUCAUCGAGCCGCUGAGGAAGGACGACUUCCUGUCGGACGACAAGAGCGCCGGAGCACUGAAGAAGCGUCCACAGAUUGUCCUGGACGAUAAAAGCGGGAAGGCGGGAAAGAGAGGAGGCGGAGCUCAGCAACAUCAACACAAGAGGAAAAAGAAGAAGAAAAGAGAAACGAGCGAAUGAAUGUAGUGACUUUAACCAGGAUGAUCACAUGACUGGAAUCGUCCCGAUUGAGUGACUUUAGACUUCAUUAUAAAGAAAGGAGCUAGAAGUUAAAGUGAAUCGAUGUAACGCAGUGACCUCGUACAAAAGAGAUGCGUGUGAAAAGUCUAGUGCGUUUGUUACUCAUGUCCUCUCUGACGUGUCUGAUGUCUCGCUCACCAUUAAACUCUUUAUCGUUUCUCGC